GAUGAAGAAGAGUCGCUGAAUGAAGUGGGCUAUGAUGAUAUUGGUGGCUGCCGGAAGCAGCUGGCUCAAAUCAAAGAGAUGGUGGAACUUCCCCUCCGACACCCUGCACUCUUCAAGGCCAUAGGGGUGAAGCCUCCACGUGGGAUCCUGCUGUACGGUCCUCCUGGCACUGGUAAAACACUGAUUGCCCGAGCAGUGGCCAACGAAACAGGGGCUUUCUUCUUCCUGAUCAAUGGUCCUGAGAUCAUGAGCAAGCUGGCUGGUGAGUCUGAGAGCAACCUGAGGAAAGCUUUUGAAGAAGCAGAGAAGAACGCUCCUGCCAUCAUCUUCAUUGAUGAACUGGAUGCCAUUGCUCCUAAGAGAGAGAAGACACAUGGAGAGGUGGAACGUCGCAUAGUGUCUCAGCUGUUGACUCUGAUGGAUGGACUGAAACAGAGGGCACAUGUAAUCGUUAUGGCAGCUACCAACAGACCUAACAGCAUUGACCCAGCACUCAGGCGAUUUGGUCGUUUUGACAGAGAGGUGGAUAUUGGUAUACCAGAUGCCACUGGGCGCCUGGAGAUCCUGCAGAUCCACACGAAAAAUAUGAAACUGGCUGAUGAUGUGGAUCUGGAACAGGUGGCAAACGAGACCCAUGGCCACGUUGGUGCUGACUUGGCUGCUCUUUGCUCAGAAGCUGCUCUUCAGGCUAUCAGAAAGAAGAUGGAUCUCAUAGACCUAGAAGAUGAAACCAUCGAUGCUGAAGUGAUGAACUCGCUGGCUGUGACCAUGGAUGACUUCAGGUGGGCUCUGAGCCAGAGCAACCCUUCUGCUCUUCGUGAGACUGUGGUGGAGGUGCCACAAGUUACCUGGGAAGAUAUUGGUGGUCUAGAAGAUGUAAAGAGAGAACUCCAGGAGCUUGUACAGUAUCCUGUGGAGCACCCAGACAAGUUCCUCAAAUUUGGCAUGACCCCAUCGAAAGGGGUUCUGUUCUAUGGGCCACCCGGUUGUGGUAAGACACUGCUGGCCAAAGCCAUUGCCAAUGAAUGCCAGGCAAACUUCAUUUCCAUCAAGGGGCCGGAAUUGCUCACCAUGUGGUUUGGUGAGUCUGAAGCUAAUGUGCGCGAGAUCUUUGACAAGGUAAGAGUAUCUUAUACUCCUUGUACUAUGUUUUUGCUGUGA